ACAUUUUGGUCUUUGUCCGCGGGUCAGUCCGGCCCCUGGGUCCACGUGGCGCUAAAGUAGGAGGGCCGCUUCCUGGUGCAUCUCUGGAAACUGCACCUUCCUCCUUCUUCAGAAGGCCCCAGGGCUCAGCCUGAGUUCCAGGAUGGUACUUUGGCUCCAGCAUUAGUAUUUUAGAGCCGUGUCAUUUCCCCGAUAGCAGGUUAUAAACUGAACAAGCUGUAUGUGAUCCUCUUUUGGAGCAAGAAGACGAACUCUGGAUGGUGGAGAAGUGGAAAGGAAAUUUGUCCAGAAGAAGCCUGAGAAGAUGAUGAGCAGAUAAGAGAGGCAAGAAGACUUGGGAGGCAAGUUGCAUCCAUCUCCAGUAAAGUACAGACUGAGGAAAAAAAGCAGUGAAUAUAAGAAAUUGGAAAAAUACUUCCUCUGAUCUCAGACCUUAUAUCUUUUAAGGCAACACCUUUUUCAACUUCCCUAGAAAGAGUUUGAAACACAAUUUAGAUUUAAUCACGAGGAAAGUUGUGUAGGAGAGAAUCAUCAACUUAAUUAGUUUGGAAAUCCUGCCACAGCUUACUCCUUAUGGUAAUAACCCCCUUUAAGUGUAAAGCAGUGUGGAAAUGCCUUCAGUUAAAAAAAUUUGAACCCUCUCUGGUACCAGAGCAUUCAUACUGGAGAGAAACCCUAUGAAUAUACUGAAUGUGGGAAAACUUUUACUCACAUGUCAUGCUUCAUUAAAUGUGGAAGUCUGGCUGGAAAGAAACCCUGUGCUUCUGAGGAGUAUUGAAAAGCCUUUAGCUAGAUGACAAAUCUCAUUGAGCAGAAGAAAAUUCAUACGGGAGAGAAACCAGUGAAAGUAACAAAACUGCAUUGAGUAUUAGAAAAUUUAUACUUGGAGAGAAAGUUUGGAAUGUACUGUGUAUGAUAAAGUUUUCUCUCAAACCUUAUUUCUUACUCUACAUUUGAAAACAUCCUACACAGAGAAGUCCUACAAAUGUAAGAAAUGUGGAAACACCUUCAGGCUAAAAUAAAUCCUCAUUCAUCAAAAAAUUCAUACUGGAGAGAAACCUUGUGAAUGUGGGAAAGCUUCCAUUCAGAUGUCACACCUCAGUCAGCAGAGAAUUUGCAGUGGGGAAAACCCCUUUGCCUGUAAGGUAUGUGGGAAGGUCUUCAGCCACAAAUCAAAUCUCACAGAGCAUGAGCAUUUUCAUAAUAGAGAGAAACCAUUUGAAUGUAAUGAAUGUGGAAAAGCCUUCAGCCAAAAGCAGUAUGUCAUUAAACAUCAGAACACUCAUACUGGAGAGAAGCUCUUUGAAUGUAAUGAAUGUGGAAAAUCCUUCAGCCAGAAGGAAAACCUCCUCACCCAUCAGAAAAUUCACACUGGAGAGAAACCUUUUGAGUGUAAGGAUUGUGGGAAAGCUUUCAUUCAGAAGUCAAACCUCAUCAGACACCAGAGAACCCACACAGGAGAGAAGCCCUUUGUAUGUAAGGAGUGUGGGAAAACCUUCAGUGGCAAAUCAAAUCUUACUGAGCAUGAGAAAAUUCAUAUUGGAGAGAAACCAUUUAAAUGUAGUGAAUGUGGAACAGCUUUUGGCCAGAAGAAGUACCUCAUAAAACAUCAAAACAUUCACACUGGAGAGAAACCCUAUGAAUGUAAUGAAUGUGGAAAAGCCUUCUCUCAACGAACAUCACUUAUUGUACAUGUGAGAAUUCAUUCAGGUGAUAAACCUUAUGAAUGCAAUGUAUGUGGAAAAGCCUUCUCUCAAAGUUCGUCUCUUACUGUGCAUGUGAGAAGCCAUACAGGGGAGAAGCCCUAUGGUUGUAAUGAAUGUGGGAAAGCUUUCUCUCAGUUCUCAACCCUUGCUCUGCAUUUGAGAAUACACACAGGUAAGAAGCCUUAUCAAUGUAGUGAAUGUGGAAAGGCUUUCAGCCAGAAGUCACACCACAUUAGACAUCAGAAAAUUCAUACUCAUUAAAAACCCUGUGAAUACCUUGAAAAUUGGAAAGCAUUCAUCAGGAAUUUACACCUCAUAGCACAUCAGAAAUAAUCAUUGUGAAGGAACACAUCACAGUGAGGGAAACGAAAGCUAAAAACUUACGGGACACCAUGCUGAAGAGAAGGACAUUUGUAUGAUAAAAAUUCUGUGCCCAACAACAAAAAACUUAUGGCAACGGUAAUGCUGAAACUUUAGACGCAUUUCCACUAAAAUUGGGAAUGAAAAAUAUGCUUGUUAUCGUUGCUAUCUGCAUAGAUCUGGAGAUCUUCACCAAUGUAAUAAGAAAAAUAAGUUGUAAGUAUUAGAAAGGAAGAGACUUUUAUAAUAUUGAUUUAGCAGGAUAGAAGAAAUUCUGGAAACACCUAUGCAUUUAUUAAAAUUUAGAAUAUGAUAGAAAUGGCAUCAGGAGGUGAGAAGAUAAGGGGACUAUUUAAAAAAUGAUUUGGAGGUAAUUUGUUCUCCAAGGAAAAAGAAAUAGACCAUGAACUAUACACAAAGGUAAGAUCUAAGGGGAUUAAAAGCAGGAGUAUGAAAAAGCUAUGUUUACUAAAAUUGUUAUGACCUUGGGACUAGGGAAACAUUCCUUAUAACAAAUUCAAAAAUACCUAGCAGUUCUACUCUGAGUUUGUAUGCUCAGGAAAUAUGUACCAGGCUGUAUAUACUGUGGCAUGAUUUGUAGUAGCCAUAAAUUGGAAACAACUUAAAUGCCCAUCAGGAACAAAAUGGAAAAUACUUAUGAUGGAAUACUGUAUAUCUGUAAAAUGUAACAAGAGAUCUACAUGUAUUGCAGAGAAAGAUCUCAAAAAUCUAGUUCAGGAGGAAAAAUGUUGCAGAAUGACACAUAAUACGAUGACAUUUUUGUAAAUUUGAAUUAAAACUUCUUCACAAAAUUCAGUACUAUAUAUUGGUAAUGGAUGCAUAAUAUGUAUGUAUGUUUUUUAAAUGUUUUUGAAAUGGAUUGGAAGGAUACAGACCCAACUCUUGAUAGUGGUUGCCUGUGAAGAGUGGAGAAGGGAAGGGGAUGAGUGUGGGAGGGAUGGGGUAGGGAUUGGUUAAAGGGGACUUCAAUUUUAUAUAUAAACAUUCAUUUCUCUUAAAAACAAAAGACUGCAAGUAAAUAUAUCAAAAUGUUGGAGAAUUCUGGAUUAUAGUAUAUGGAUAUCUUGUCUUAUUUUUUGUACUUUUCUGUAUUUUUAAAUUUUCUCAAAAUUAAUAAGAAUGGGGGUGAGGAUGGGGACACUGUACCUGUAGAAAUCAUGUUCUAAUGGAUUCAUGCCCAAUCAAAUACUAAACUUUUUAUAGAAAAUAUUUCUAAAAUUUUAUCAAUGAUGAGUGAAUGGACUUGCUCUCUAUGUAAUAUGAAAUUAUCUAUUUUAUUAAAAUUAAAAAUGACAGCAUAA